AUGAAGUUUACCAAGUUCUCUACCUUUGCCUCUGUGCUCGUUCUCGGUUUGGUAUCCAGCGUCUCUGGAGCCGCUUUGGACGUCUUCGUUCCUCCCAUCACCAAACCUGUAGCAGGGGAGAUAUGGACCUCUGGCCAGCAGCAACUUGUCACUUGGGAUGUUUCCAAUGCUCCUGCCACCAUCACGAACAAAGUUGGACUUGUGAAGCUCCGCAAAGACGACUUGACUACACCUUUGAUCCUUGCUGAGAAUUUCAAUAUCCUGGAUGGACAAAUUGAAGUUACUGUGCCAUUGGUGGUUGAAGGAAGCGACUAUGAACUUCUCCGUGAGCAUUGA